AUGGCUGACAGCAACCCCCUUGCGGACGAUGAAACUUACCAGGAGGAGGAAGAGGAGCUCGAUGAAACAGGCUAUAAAUCCGUCAAAGAUGCCGUGCUUUUUGCUAUCGACAUCAGUGACUCCAUGCUAGCGGUUCGUCCGUCAGAGUCAGGCAAAGGAGAGCCACAAUCACCCGCAAAAGCUGCCAUCAAAUGCGCCUAUCAUUUAAUGCAGCAGCGCAUCAUUUCAAAUCCAAAGGAUAUGAUGGGUGUGUUAUUCUUUGGAACAGAAGCUUCCAAGUUUUAUGACGAAGAUGAGAAUAGCCGUGGCGGCCUAUCCUAUCCCCAUUGCUAUUUGUUUACAGAUCUCGAUGUCCCUGAUGCGAACGAUGUAAAGUCGCUGCGUGCAUUAGCCGAGGACGAGGAAGAAGAGAAUCAAAUCUUAGUACCCUCGAAGGAGCGAGUUUCCAUGGCAAAUGUGCUAUUUUGCGCCAAUCAGAUAUUCACCUCGAAAGCUUCGAAUUUUCUGUCGAGACGGCUUUUCAUAAUUACAGAUAGUGAUAAUCCUCAUGGCGAAGACCGUACAAUGCGAUCUGCAGCCACGGUACGAGCAAAGGAUCUGUAUGAUCUGGGUGUCAUCAUUGAGUUGUUCCCAAUCUCGAAGCCGGAGCACGAGUUUGACAGGUCCAAGUUUUACGAUGAUAUUGUUUACAAAACUGCACCUGGAGACCCGGAAGCGUCUGCAUUUACCGCCGCUGGUACCCAAGUCCCUAACGCAAGCGGUGAUGGUAUCUCGCUGCUCAAUUCCCUUUUGUCAUCCGUCAACUCGAGAUCAGUUCCACGUCGAGCUCUGUUCAAGAUUCCGCUCGAGUUCAGUCCAAAUUUUAAAAUAUCCAUUACUGGAUACCUGAUUUUCAAACGACAAGAGCCAUCUAGAAGCUGUUACGUCUGGCUUGGUGGCGAGAAGCCAGCAUUAGCGAAGGGCACGACGACACAGAUCGCAGACGAUACAGCAAGGACCGUUGAAAAAACAGAGAUCCGAAAAGCAUACAAAUUUGGAGGAGAACAAGUGUCAUUCACCAUAGAAGAACAGGCGAAACUACGCAACUUCGGCGACCCCGUCAUCAGAAUCAUAGGUUUUAAGCCGAGAUCAUCGCUGCCGAUCUGGGCAUCUAUCAAGCACCCUACAUUUAUUUACCCGAAUGAAGACGAAUUCGUCGGCUCGACCAGGGUAUUUACAGCUUUACAUCAGAAGUUAUUACAAGACGAGAAAAUCGGCCUUGUGUGGUUCAUUCCACGCAAGAAUGCCACCCCCGUAUUAGCUGCUAUGCUCCCCGGCGAGGAGAAACUUGAUGACACCGGCAAUCAAUUCCUUCCAUCGGGUUUGUGGAUUCUACCUUUACCCUUUGCAGACGACAUCCGACAGAACCCAGAAACAAAUCUGGUGGUGGCUCCAGAACCAUUAAUUGACCACAUGCGCACUAUCGUGCAGCAAUUGCAACUCCCUAAAGCUCACUACGACCCUCGCAAAUAUCCAAACCCAUCAUUACAAUGGCACUAUCGCAUACUACAAGCACUGGCGCUUGAUGAGGAGCUACCGGAGCAAGCCGAAGACAAAACAAUACCCAGAUACAAACAGAUUGACAAACGUGCAGGAGACUAUGUCCUUGAAUGGGGAGAAGAACUCGAAAAACAAUAUCAGAAGAUGUAUACAGACCAACCAAAGACUUCAACAUUGGCCAAGCGAGGGAAGCCUUACGAUGCCGCUGCAGAAGACAAGCCGGCUAAGAAGGUCAAGACUGAAAGUGCCAAUGGCGGAAAUGCGUCAGCUGAAGUGCAGAGCCAUUACAGUAGUGGCAAUUUGUCGAAGCUGACAGUUGCGGUUUUGAAGGAGUUUUUGGCUGAGAAAAAACUCUCUGCGGCAGGUAAAAAGGCAGAUUUGGUUGAAAGGGUGGAGGAGUAUUUUGACCGGAAGGGCUAA